AUGAGACCCGGUGGGUUCCUUCUGUUGCACCUUUUGCUGCUCUGCAUAUUUUUCCUGACGUCGGAAGCGAGGCUCGGCCAGCAGGCGGCCGACGACGACGACGAUGACGACGACGAUGACUGGGACGACGAGGACGACGAGGACGACGACACCGACGAGCAGAGUUACCAGACGAAGCCCGAGGUGGACGACGACGGCCGUAUAUACAAGAACCCGAGGAAUUCCCCGUCGGCGGUGUGUCCGAGGGACGAGGGACAGACGGAGUUGCUCGGUCAGAAGUGUCUGCGUAAGUGCUCCACCGACGAGGAUUGCAAGAGCAAGAAGAAGAAGUGCAGAUGCGACGGUGUUUGCGGGAUGUCUUGCAUCAAGCCCGAGAGGGAAUGCCCGGCCCUCACCGAGAUCCAGUACGGCGUGAUGACCGUCACUGGCAGAUUUUUCGGCGAUCGGGCCCAUUACACCUGCGAUCCUGACUAUUUCAUCGUCGGGCUGACCGAGCGGACGUGCAGGGCCGACGGCAAAUGGACCGGCACGACGCCCUCCUGCAAGAAGGACUCGAAGUCCUUCUGCUCCCAGCCGCCCAAGGUGAAGAACGCGCGGCACAACGCGCUCCCCGAGCAGACCACCUUCGACUUGGACCACGAGAUUCAAUACUUUUGCAACCACGGCUACGUGACCGCCGGUAUCAGGAAGGCGAGGUGCCUGUUGAUGGAAGGCGUCGCUAGUUGGUUCGGCCCCGACAUCGUCUGCGAGCCGCAAAUGUGCGGACCUCCCGCCGAUAUCGCCAACGGCUGGCACGCCGGUGAAUGUUACACGUACGACUGUCGCGUGUCGUAUCACUGCGCCGAUAGCUACGAAUUAAUCGGCAAGGCGGAGAAACUGUGCUUGGCAGACGGCACAUGGACGCCCAAGGAUUCACCGCAGUGUGUCCAAGUUACGACGGUGGAAUGCCCGAAACCGGAGAAUCCAGUGAACGGGAACGCGGUGUACACUUCGUACGCGUACAAUUCCAUCGUGUCGUACGAGUGCAAGUACGGGUACACGGUGUUCGGCGCGACGACCAGGCGUUGCGGGGCAGAUAGAAAAUGGGCCGGAAAGACACCUAUCUGCCAGGAGAUUAAUUGCAGUUCACCUGGUGUUUUGUACAACGGCUGGAUUGAGAAUAUCGAGGCGGGUACGGGCCUGGGUGCCAGCAUAAUUUUCCGCUGCAACGACCACAUGAAGCUCGAGGGGAACACCUCGUCGGUUUGUCAGAUCGACGGGAAAUGGCGGUACCCGUUGCCGCAGUGUCUCUCGUCGUGCGUCGUGCCUCAGAUCGAGAACGGGAACAUCACGGUGGCCAGCCACGACAAGGAUCACAUCAACAACGUGUCGGUGGUGGAGCACGGCGACAGGCUGCUGGUCUACUGCGAGGAGAAUUACGAAUUCGCGGCGAACAGCACGCCGGUGGUGUGCAACAACGGCACGUGGUCGAUAGUGCCGAGUUGCUCGCCGGCCAGGUGCAAGCAGAUGCCGAAGCCGCCGAAAAACGGGAUGGUGAUCGCGCCGAAGACCGACCACGGCAUGAAGGCGAUAUUCAAAUGCAAGGACGGCUUCGAGAUUGUCGGCGGUGGGCCGCAGAACGCCUCCAAGUCGGUGGAAUGCCAGUACGGGGAUUGGAUCGGUGACAUUCCUCACUGCAUCCAAGUGUUCUGCCCUUUCCCCGGUUUCAUCGAGAACGGCAAGGUCUUCCUCAUGGGCAACAUGGGCGUCUACGAUUACAGGCCGUACGUGAGGAAGGUUGUGAACAACAAGCAGAUCAUGUACGACUGCGAGAAGGGAUACGUUCUGGACGAGGGACCCACAGGGGCCACCUGUAUCAGUGGAAACUGGAAACCGAAAGAGCUGCCCAAGUGCAUUCCUGGACAGCAUCCCAGGCUCAGAUGGAGCCGGCGUCGACGAUCUGUCAGCGAGGAGGAUCUUACUAUGAAUUACAGAAAGUUCAUCGAGUUCUUCCGCAAGAUCGGCAAGAAGCUGCUGCACCUGGAGAUGAACAAGAGCAAGGAACACUCGAAGCACAAGAUCGAGGGGAAGAACGGGAAUUCCAGCCGUCACGACAACAGCACCGAGGCUCUGUCGUGGAAGAAGCAUUCGGGCCACGGGAACAGAUCGCGUCUUCGCGAAGAGAAGAUGAUCGACUUCCUGAAGAUCGUCUAUCGCAAGCUGCAGCGGAUCGACGCCAGGCAGUCCAACAAUUCCACCAACAGCAGCAUGCACGAUCUUCUGAACACCAUGAGCAAGAACUUCUUCCACGUGGAUCUGUCCGAGUCGCGGAGGAACAAUUCCGGCAGGAGUCGUUCAGAGUUCGAGAUUCGAAACCAGCGGGAGUUCAUCAAGCUGAAGCGAGAGUUCGAAAGGAUCAUGCGAUUCUACAACAAAUCGAUGCGCUGGAACGAGAAGCAGAAUCGAAAGGACUCGAAGAAGAAAGGCCAGUCUCACGGCGAGAAGGGGAAAAAGCCGAAGGACAAGAAGAAGCAUCGCAAGAACUAUUACAAAGGAUUCUACGAGUUCGUCAACAGUUACGUGACCGAGAAGUUGUCGAUGCUGGAGGCCCGAAACGCCACCGAGGAGCUGAUCAAGAACAUGAAGAUCGACAAGUUCACCGUGCGAAACGGCACGACGUUCACAGUAGGUGAGAUGUACGCGUUCUUCAAACAUAUCAUAGAGGCUAAAUUGAACAGCACGGAAGACACGCAGAGGCAGGCAGAGGCCGCGUCGACGACCGCGUCUUCCUCCUUCACGAGCACAAUCGCGACCAUAGCCAGUAAUAGUGGGAACAGCAGCAGCAGCAGCAGCAACACAGUGACAACGUCGUCGAGCACGACGUCGAGCACAAGCAGCACGAGCACGAGCACGAGCACGAGCACGACGCUGGCGACGCCGCGGGAGAUCGAGGCGCGCGAUAAUCGAUCUUCGACGAUGGCCAGUAACGAGUCCUCGAUGCUGGACAACGAGAUCCCGGCCAAAGAAGGAGUGCCAAAGCACCGCAGCAAGCGAAUACGAAACGCGUCCGAGGACAACAGUGGCCCUCCGCGUCAGAAGAGAAGGCUGCUGUCCCUGAACGGGCUGCCGAUCAGCGCCACCGACAACAACAGCAACAACAAGAGGAGCGCCGACAACGUUGUCGGCUCGUCGUCGUGGAGGAGCGAGAAGAAGCCGAGGGUUUCCAAGAGGUUCACGGCCUACGACGACGAGAAGACCAGGCUGUUCACGUUCAAGGAGCUCGAGGCUCAGCAGCAGAGCCGCUCCAAACGAUUCCUGCCACCGUCCGAGCUGGAUAAUCAAAUCUUUUUAAAGAACUUGUAUCUGCACGCGUACGAGGACGAGUACCGGGCGAACGUGAAACGUUCGAUCGUCCAAGGGAAUCACACGAACGACCAGCAGCAGCAGCAGCAGCAGCAACAACCGGCUGUCUACAGGAGGCGCAAGGGUAACCUGGACGCCUACGAGAUCAAGUGA